GGCUUUAGAAGGCAUUAGGAAACUAAUUUCGGUAUUAAAGAUCAAGUUUUAAUAGGAGUUAUAAUAGUUAUUCAGGAAGAAUCAAAAAUCGCGUUUUUUGGGUUGGGCGGAAAGUAGGUUUGGGCGGUUUGGGGGUGAACCCUUCUAGGCCAAUAGGCACACAACUUCACGCGAUGCCAGGCCCGUCUAUUCUUGGAUGGACGCGGAUGUCAGAAAGCUGCCUAGCUCCAGAUACCACCAACAAACCUACAAAUCUGCUCAGCACCCCCUCAAUUUUCGCAGCCUUCGACCUUAAACUUCUUCUGACGAGGAUUCGUCUGAGGGAGACUUCGAUGAGUCAAUACUCUACGAAGACAGAAGUACGCUCCGUCGCGAAACUCAACCCACGGGUUAUAGCAAAGGCUAUGUGCCAGAGUGGGGACCCGCAGAGGCAUUCAGAGAGUUUACGCAAAAUUGGAAGGAUGCAAUUAUCGAAACAAACCAAUUCAGACAGACCCAAUGUCAGGUCGUCGUUAAAGGAUUCGAUUCGGACAACAUCUACACAGCCCCGGGUUCGAUAUGAAGCAUCCAACUUUUACUGGGCUUUCAAGUUCGGUGGGCAUAGGAAAAGGCAGCUUUACUGUUCGCUGGCACCUAUGGCCGAAAACAAGAUCAAGAAGUUGAGGGAGAGACAAAAAAAGAGAAUGGCUGCUGGAGCGACUAGAGAGCUGCAAUCGAACAUAUGGGAAGAUAUGACCGUGAAGAUUGGCCUGAUCCAAGGAAUUGGGGAGAAAGUUAAAAAGGAAGAUUUCCUGAGCUGGGUCGCCGUCUCACUCGACCUAGAUCAACCCUCCAAAACAAUCGAAACACGACAUGGAUGUCUGAUUCUCGACGAGGAGUUUGCUGGGAGGAUCUAUCUCAAAAGCCUUUUGCUAAAAGGAAAGAGUUUCGAGAAACCAUUGAAGUUCGGGUAUAACUUUUAUCGUGGGUCAGUGGAACGUGACCGGACGAGCUUGAAGAAAACCGGCCAGGAAGCUAGAAUUCUGGCUGAGAUCUGGGCGGACGCCAUCCGUCUUCAUGAACGGGACACAAUUGAUAAGUAUGUCGAACUCUUGCGAGAAGACGAGACUGCCGAUGUCAACAAAGUCGAAGAGUUCAUUUCUGAAUUUACAGCAAAGAAGGUCUGGUCACGGCUUUUAGAACAGGAUCCCGAACGUGGUUGCUUCUAUCACGACACUCGCAAUGGAGACAAGGAUGCCGAGAUCAUCAGAAAUAGUCUGAAGAGGGAGCCCAUACAACUGCCUACACCUCUCUGGGAAUCACUCAGAAAAUUCAAGAUUGUCAGAGCGCCGAGAGAACAGCAGUGUCACUUGCUUCACAAUGCGCCAGUCGCCGAGGACAACCGAAGUCCAUAUUCUGCCGGGGUGUGGAGAGCUUUGAGAGCGGCCCUAGCUUUGGAUGUAAAGACCAAAGACUUGAAAGUGGUGUUCAAAAACGGCGCCACAACCGACUUCGAUUUGAUUCUCUUCGAGUCAACUUUGGAGAUCAACAAUAAAUGGCUCGAUUUUAAGCAAAGUCAUUCGAAGACUGCCUGCUGGCUUUCUCGACAAUCGAAUGACGAGUCGUCCACCAUGUCCCACUUUUCGUGCGAUCACAUUGCCUUAACUUUAUAUGAGCUUGUAUUAGAAGAGGUGAUGAAAGACCCAGGGUUCGCGCACCGAGAAUCGAGUGAAUCAAAGGCGACUCUGUGUCAGAAGGUGUCCGAAAACCUCCGUCAUAUGCCAAUGAUGAUAGAGACUUGCCUGGGUGGCCCUGGUGAGAUCAUCGUCUCGUGGAUUGGCAGGGAUGGCGGAAUGGUUUCUCGAGUUUAUGGUUUGAAUCCUAAACUUGAAAUUACAUUGCACCAAGAGAGCUCUUGCGCGCUCAAGAGAGGCGACUUGCUGAGAUCGAAUCCCGAACCUGCAACUCCCUCUGUCGAAGUUAAUCCUCUCGGAAGUCCCAGAUGUGGCUGCCCGUCUAUGGUCGUACCUCAAAAAGACUUGAAAGUUACUUUCCCUGGCCUUGAUCCUCAAGAGGAAUACUUUCCCAUGAUUUCUCGAGAAGAUCCUCAAGCAUUCUUUGGUCUAGCCCCGAAAAGCCUUCAGCCAAGAGCGCCAUUAUCCAAAUCACUGAGUAUACAAACAAGAGUUGAACAAUCAAUCAACAGUGCUCUUAGAAGAAAUUCGCCUCCUAAUGUGGAAAUUGACAAUGGCAACCUGUAUGACGCCGAUAAUUCAGAUGGAGAGAUUAUGCAAUUGGACUCUCCAAUCCCACGCCCUUCCAGUCGGAGCUCGGUCAGUGGUCCUGAGAAUCAGACAAACGAUGUUCUCAGGAACACACCUCCCCGAACUAUUGCCCCAUAUCGAGCUCAGAUGAGAGAAGAGCUCCAGGAUCUUCGAACGGAAACCAAGUCUCAGCAGCAGCAACUAGCAGUCAAAGACCAAGAGAUAGCAAAAUUAGCCGCUGAUCUUGAAUCUAAGACCCAGCAACUCGCAAGGAGUGAAACGAUUAUUCUAAGAUUGAGAGAAGAGAUCCGAAACGCCGAGAGAGAUCUCGAAGCCGCCAACGCACGCAUCGAGGAUCUCACUAUCAAAGACCAAGGCGCCACCGGCUCGAUCGAAGCUCUACGGGUAAAGAUCCAGGAAUCACAAGAGUGAAACGUGAGAGGGACGGAAAUCGAGAUUUGAAACCAGGUACCUUGGGGCGGGAUCCCAAAAGACCCAGGAAUAUUAUCACGACUGGAGAGGAUGGCCCUGUUGACUUGACCAGCGAUAGAAAUGUGGGCAACUCGGCAUCGUCUACUUCAGGGGCGUAAAUUGGGAUGGGAAUUUGUUUUUUUGGUGCGUGGGAGGGGCGUUGAUAUCUGGUACACAUGGAAAACGGGGUUGGUGGGAUUUCAGCAGAUCGGGUUUUUGGUGGAAAGGCGUUUGUGAGCGAGUCGCCCUCCCUCGGCAUAUACUGUCAAUGCGCAAGCAGAUAUAAUUUAUCAUGUAAGGAAUUAUACUUUUGUGUGCGAAACGAGAACACUUAUCACUACCAAAG